AUGGCACGAAGCGCAAAACAAAAAGCAGCUCGCAACCUAAGACGAGGUUCAAGGCCUGUCUUUCAGUUUACUAAACUGCCUGCAGAAUUGCAAUUACUUGUACUUUGUAGGUGCGACUUGGUUUCGAUUGGGAGGCUUCUGAGCGUCAGUUCGUAUGUCAGAAGCCUUUAUAUCCAGUAUCCAGAGAUUGUAAUCCAAGGUUCACUCUCGGAAAACCCCCAGCCUCUCGCCGGCUUGCUACAUGUUGCAACGGUAUUGCACAACAUCAGCGACGACGAUUUUGAUAGUGAUAAACCGUUCGAACUAUUAGAGCAUGCCAACUCGAACCAAUGGCCAGUUAUUUAUUCCCGAUUUCUCCGUAGUAGAGAUGAUGUUCUGGACUACAUGCGCAGUCUGGUAGACAUUUACGUCGAAGUAGACGUGGCCGCAGAUAUAGUCGCACAAGGUAUGAAUGCUGCAAUGCAGAUCUACAUAGACCCACAGGUGGCUGUCACGCCUGUUGUGCUGUCUGUGGCGGAGCAUACACGACUGGUAUGCGCUCUUCUGAUCGUCAAAAUCCACUACCAACUUAGGUCCAAAUUCGAACCCGAUGGCCCCAUGUCAGCGAGGGACUUCGCAACUGCAUUCAUGCAGACUUUAGCGCCGUGGCAGAUGGCCCAAAGCAGCUCGGUUGAAGGUUUUUUGGAUUCGUGCCAGAAGUAUCCAGGUGGCCUCCUCAACGAAAUCAUUGAUAAACGAUACACAUGUUGCGAAUGUCUCCUGCAAAGGUCAUCAUAUUUACGAAACUACAGCAGAGAUGUUGCCGUGGAUAGGUACAAAGGGCAUGCCUUUGCCGGAGACACAAGCUUUCCUCGCUAUUCUCCUGCAGCGGAAGUGGAACGCCGUCGCAUUGGCAGGCGGGAAUCUUGGGCGGGCCGCGUGGGCGACGCACAGCAUCCGGCUACGCAACUUCGUAAUCACGGUUGGAUGAUGUAUGAUACGAUCAGUCCUGGUGAUAUAAUGCGACGGCACCUCGUUUGGAGGGUCGGUAUGUUGUUCUGGGAUCAAAGCCGACUGGCAGAUUGGGGCAUGGUCGACUCCAGUGAUGUGGUAACCUUGGGCACCCAGACAGCCUGGCGACUGGGAUACAUGCGUCGGCGGUAUCCAUACUCGCUACAACGAGGCCACAUAGAAGAUACGACAAGUCAGCAGAUUGUUGAAUGGACACGCAGCCACGAACAGAUUGAUUUCGAAGAGUUCUUGGCAAGGCAAUUGGGACAAUGA